UUUAUAUAUACUAGCGUCUCACCCCUUCUCUCUUCACUCUUCAAUCCACCAAAUUUCUACUCCUUCAAACUCAUCAUUUUCCAAUCUUCUUCCCCAAUCUUGAAUUGGUGUGUGUGCUUCUAUCUAUAAAUUCCAUCGAAAAUUAAUGGCAAUGGCUAAUUAUAUUCUUGGUGUUUUUUUCUUCAUGGAGAUGAUAUUGAGUGGUUUUAGAUUUGGGGCAGUGGAUGGGCUGAGCAUGAACUACUAUCUUAUGAGCUGCCCCUUUGCUGAUCAAAUAGUUAAGAACACAGUUACAAGAGCUCUGCAAGACGAUCCUACUCUAGCUGCUGCCCUUGUUAGAAUGCACUUCCAUGACUGCUUUAUACAAGGAUGUGAUGGUUCUGUCCUCAUUGAUUCAACAAAAGAUAACACAGCAGAAAAGGAUUCUCCAGCAAAUCUAAGCUUACGAGGCUAUGAAGUCAUUGAUGAUGCAAAAGAGCAACUUGAAGAACAAUGCCCAGGCGUCGUCUCAUGUACUGACAUUCUUGCAAUAGCUGCUAGAGAUGCAGUGUUCUGGGCAGGGGGUCCAUUUUAUGAGAUACCGAAAGGAAGAAAGGAUGGAAGGAGGUCUAAGAUAGAAGAUACAAUCAACUUGCCAUUUCCCACCUCCAAUGCCAGUGAGCUUAUUAGGCAAUUUGGGCAGCAUGGUUUCACUGCUCAAGAAAUGGUUGCCUUGUCUGGAGCACACACGCUAGGAGUGGCAAGGUGCGCAUCAUUCAAGAACAGACUGACUAGUGCUGAUCCAACAAUGGAUUCAGACUUUGCAAAUACAUUGUCCAGAACAUGUAGCGGAGGGGACAACGCAGAUCAACCCUUUGACAUGACAAGAAACACUUUCGACAAUUUUUAUUUUAAUACAUUGCAAAGGAAGUCAGGAGUUCUUUUCUCGGACCAGACACUGUACAACAGUCCAAGGACAAGAGGCAUAGUGAAUGCCUACGCCUUUAAUCAAGCCAUGUUCUUCCUUGAUUUCCAACAGGCAAUGCUGAAAAUGGGGUUGCUCGAUGUUAAGGAAGGAUCAAAAGGAGAAGUACGAGAAUCUUGCCGCAAAAUUAAUUAAAUCCCAGUAGUGUUGGAUGAUGGGGUUAUCUAUAUACACAGUACCCCUCUAUAUAUAUAUAUAUAUAAUUGUCAUUUAGCUAGCUAGUUUACAUUGUGGGUUAUGCCAAGUAGCAACCGCUAAAUGAAAACUGAAAUAUUUUCAAGGUACAUUAUGGAAUUGAUUGAUGUUUCAGUGGACUGAAAUAACAUAAUAUAGCUAUGUUCUUUUACACAGAGGAAUAAACAAAAAUAAAAAGGGACGCAUUCUGUUAUUUCUUUAUGUCGAUCAUAACCGGCAAUGACUUGUAGCAAGUUUGAUAUGAAAAAGUAUGAGACAUUUUGGUUA